UGAUGCAAAGACAGAACUCAAAAGUCAGAUUUGUAUGUGGGUUCCUGUUUCUUUCGUAUAAUUUACGGCAAAAACAAGAAAAACUUAAUUAAGGAAAAUGUUUCUAAAAAUAUUUAUUGUGUUUGGCCUCGCUAGCAUUGUUUUAAGUGGUCCUGAAGAAGAUGAAGGAGUUAAAUUCGCUAGUAAAUGCGAAACUUGUAAAAUUCUGGCAACUGAACUACAGGAUAGAUUAACUGAGACCGGCAAAUCUCAUGAUGUUCUUGAACUUGGCUAUUCACUAGACGAAGUUAAACCAAAGAAACGAACCGAAUAUCGUCGCAGUGAACUGAGGCUCGUCGAAUCCAUUGAAAACGUAUGUGAUCGAAUUUUAGAAUACAAUCUUCACAAAGAGCGACAAGACAGCACCCGGUUCGCCAAAGGUAUGCCUCAGACGUUCAAAGCCCUACACGGUCUUGUAGACAAGGGUGUAAAAGUUGAUUUGGGAAUUCCAUAUGAACUCUGGGAUAGACCACCAAUUGAAGUAACUCAAAUGAAGACACAAUGCGAAUACCUUUUAGAGAAAUAUGAAGAUGUAAUCGAAGACUGGUAUUUUAAGCACCAAGAAACAAAGCCCCUUUUACAGCAUCUCUGUGAGGAAAAGGCGCUUCCAAAACAUGACCAAAAAUGUUUAGCCGAAGUUGCAGCCCCACAAAACGAUGAUGACACUGUAGAAAAACAUUCCAAGGGAGAUAAAGCAAGCAAAGAAGAGUUAUAGGCGCUCGAGUAUGAAUUCCAAAAAAUAAAGAAAAAAGAAAUUUAUUUAUAACUUAGAA